AUGCCUCGAAAGAAACCAACUUCCACCCGACAGAAAAAAGAGGAUCGUCAGCUCAAGCGCGCUAUAAAACGCGGCGAUGUAGACCCUCCUCCUCCUCCAAAGAAACCCCAAAAUCGUGCAAAACGACCUCCAAACGCUCGUAGUCUCGCCGAUCCUGUUGUAGAAUCCUCACGAAAGUUACAGUCAUCAUUCGUCAAAAUAUCUGCCGCCUAUCUCCAGAAAACUCAGGAACUCGCAUCCACACUACCACUACAGAGACCAAUACCCGCUGUAGCCUCGAUCUACGCAGACCAAUGGACGGAGGACGACAGAGAGCCCAUGGCCUGCCCAAGCAGGCCGAAGUGGAAUUAUGACAUCUCCAAGAAAGAACUGGAGCAUAACGAAGAGGCGUGGUUCAAGAGGUGGCUGAAUCAAACCGAUGAACUGGCUUCUAAAUGGCAGAUGUCGAUGGAUUUUGCUCAGGCUGGAGAAGACACGAUCAAGGAGCUUCCAACGGACAUGCCCCCUGGAGGGACGCGUUUCGAACGAAAUCUAGAAGUCUGGAGACAAUUAUGGCGAGUCACAGAAAUAUCUGAUAUCAUUCUCGUCCUACUUGAUUCUCGAUGCCCUCCAGUUCAUUUACCCUCCUCAUUGGUCCGAUAUCUCUCCAAACAUCAUGUGGUAUUGGUCCUCACAAAAACCGACAUUUGUGGACCUUUACGAGCGACCGCAUGGAAGAAAUAUCUUCACGAUCUUUACCCUCAAUUUGUGACAGUGGAAGUCAGUUCCUAUGCACCCAAAGAUCAAAGCACCGUACAUCAAGGCCGCACUCUCUACCAUCCGCAUCUCCCAUCUACAUUUAGGCAACAAUUGGUCGAUGCUAUCAAGGACUUACAUACCAAGAUGCUGGAGCCACCUGAGUCCGUGAAAUCCAAACCUACUGCCCUCAAGCAUUGGCGACCGAAAGUCAAAAGAUAUAUUAACUGGGAAGAUGUAUUUCAUGACAAUGACGAAACCGGAAAAAUCAUUGGAGGACCGGCAGCUCCCCGACCAGUAAUGGAGGAGGAUCCGACCCAAGAACCGCCUUUUUUAACCAUUGGGCUUAUAGGCCAACCUAAUGUCGGCAAAUCAUCGCGUAACUCUAUCUACCUCAUGAACCACUAUACAUGA